GUCUCCUGCUGGCACUGAGGCAGACGACGAUUUCGAGGGACGGAGGCAGAGGAUCGGAGCGCGGCGGCGGCGGCGUCCAUGGAGAGCACCGAGGGGCCGAGGAAGAGGCAGCGAGUCGCCCCGGCCUCGGCCUCCGCUGCCCCGUACAUCCCCGACGAGCUCGUCCGGAACAUCCUCGUCCGCCUCCCUUCCCGGUCCGUCCUCCGCUGCCGCGCCGUCUGCAAGGCCUGGCUCCGGAUGGCCUCCGACCCCGGGUUCGCGCUCGAGCACCACCGCCUCCAGCCGGCGCUGCCCCUCGUCUCCUUCCUCCGCGGCGGCGCCGGCAGCAGCAGCAAGGAGGCGGCGGGCGCGGAUCCCGUGGGCCGCUGCGUCGAGGCCUUCGACCUCCGUGCCGACGAGUUCCGACCCGCCGUCCGGUUCGCCGGCAGCGGCCGGUUCCACAUCCACGGCUCCUGCGACGGCCUCCUCCUCCUCAGCUUCGAGGACCGCUUCUUCGUCUGCAACCCGGCCACGCGCCAGUGGACGCGCCUCCCUGCGCCGCUCCGCUCGUCCUGGUUCGUCGGCUUCUACCGCCACGAGCCCACCGGCGAGUACCGGGCCCUGUUCUUCCGGGGCGACUGGGCCAACUGGCCCGGCACGGACUACUACAUCCUGGUGCCGGACUCCCGGAAGGGGAGGGGAAUCGGCCUACCGUCGGAGAAAACCGGGUACAGAUUCAGCGGGGAACCGCUCGGCCCGCCGGUCCUGCUCCGUGGCAGCCUCCACUGGAUGCCGCGGCAGGUGCGGAGCCACGCGAUCAUGGUGUUCGACACGGCCACCGAGGUGAUCACCUUCAUGGACCCUCCCGUGGUACGGGAGCACAUGUCGUUGCUCGAGGUGGACGGCGAGCUCGCCAUGUUCAGCUGCGGAAACCGAGUCACCAUGGUCGAGCUCUGGCUUCUCAAGGACUACGCGAACGGCAUUUGGGUCUGCGGGCACCGGGUCCGGUUGCCGGCGGUGGAGGUCAGCACCUUCGUCUUCGACGAGUCCUGGCGCAUGUUCUUCAUGUCGGAAGAGGGGGUUGUGAUAGUCACCCCAGAGCAGAAGCUGCUGCACUAUGACAUGAAUGGGACUCUGCGAGAAAGUUUCCCCUGCAAUGGCCGCAAUCUCAAGAUCACUCCGUACACUCUCAAGGAAAGCCUCGUCCGGCAUACAUUCUUCGAGACACAUGACAAUGCUGGUGGUCGUGAUGAUGAACCGCCGCCGCCUUUCUUCCGGGGGCUGUAGAAUUGGUGGUGAUUGUGGCUUCCUAUAUGGACCUUGGUUGCAGUUGAUCAGCAGUUCAUGCUCCACAGUCCAGAUGUUAGUGUUGAUAGAUGAAGAAGUAAGCUAGCUUGUCUGAUACUCUGAUGCAUCUCUUUUAUGCUCAGCAAUGCCUCCUUAACAGUAGUUUAAAUUGUCAAACUGGUUCUCAACUCUCAUUAGUUGGAUGGGGUUUAGUUUAGUUUGAUGUUCCGAAACUAUUUGUCUUGCAGUUCUGCGUAUUCUCUGAACAUUAAUGCGAAAGACUCUUUGGUUAAGCCUUGCAAUGUACUUUCUGGUCAUGGCCGCGGCUAUUCAACUUGUUUGUACUAUUGCAUCAAGA